CCUCCGGGGCCAGCGUACAGCGUGACGCACAUUUCAGUCGACUGUCUAUUGCACAGCGACCCAAACUGACCUAGGGGACGCAUUCAAACGGGAAAAACACUCAGUUUUAGAGCAUUUCUUUUGCAUUUUUCGUAUUUAGAGGCGUAGAGUCCCCCUGUUCUGAAAUGUAUCUUAUUCGCUACGUGCAGGAAACGUCGAUUUACAUGUUGUUUAUUCAGCUAUUCCGCAAAUAAACCGGGUUGUGUUUUUGCUGGAAAGCUAUCAUAGCUAACUUAUUUCAAAAUGACACUUCCAACUUUGCACAACACUGGCGUGCUUUACAGACGGAUUUUAUCCCAAUUUCCUCAGGACUUCAGUUUAGCUUUUGCAUACGGAUCUGGUGUUUUCAAACAACACGGGACCAACCAAGGUCAAAUGGAGAACAUGCUGGACUUUGUGUUUGCUGUGGAUGACCCAGUGACGUGGCACACCAUGAAUCUGCUCCAGAACCGCAAACACUACUCCAUCCUCAAGCUGCUGGGGCCCACUAAGAUCAGCUCCAUACAAAAUGACCAUGGGGCCUCUGUGUACUACAACACGCUGGUGCCUGUGGAUGGAAAGAUAAUCAAGUAUGGCGUGAUUAGUACACAGUCUCUCAUAGAUGACCUGCUGCACUGGAGGACCAUGUAUGUAGCUGGACGCCUUCACAAACCAGUAAAAAUGCUGCUGCAGAAUGAGAAUGGAAAGCUCCGGGCCGCUCUGGUGGCCAACUUGAAGAGUGCUGUGACGGCCUCCUUCCUCAUGAUGCCAGAGAGCUUCAGUGAGGAAGACCUCUUCCUGCAGAUAGCUGGUCUUUCUUAUGCCGGGGAUUUUAGAAUGGUGAUCGGAGAAGAUAAAUCUAAGGUGGCCAAUAUCGUCACGGACAACAUUCAACACUUCCGGAUUCUGUACAGCAACAUCCUCCGCGACUGCCCUCAAGUGGUGUACAAAUCUCUACAAGGGAAACUAGAGGUUGACAAAAGCCCAGAGGGACAGUUCGAUCAGCUGAUGGCAUUGCCUCGGACCCUCCAGCAGAGAAUCACAAAGCUGGUGGAUCCUCCGGGGAAAAACCGAGAUGUGGAGGAGAUUCUGCUGCAAGUCGCCCAGGAUCCAGACUGUGGAGCUGUCGUUCAACAAGGUAUUUCAUCUAUUGUGAAAUCCUCCAGUAUAACACAGAGUAUCAAAGGCAUUGCUACAGCUGGCUUGUGGAAGACGGUCUCGUACAGCUCCAAGAAGCUGAUAAAGAUGUGGAAGGGUUCGAGGACGAAGCCGUCUGUCUCACAGAUGUCCUGACCCGUCUUUCUCUCUAAACUGUCAGCCACACCGUUUUUUUACCCUUCCCAGCCGUGGCAGGAUGAUUCAAACACUCACCUACUGGUUUCCAUCACUACCUUUUAAGGAAGGAGACCACUGUGCAGACGCAAUUGUGCGUUUGCAUGGUGUAGAACGGUUUGUACAACUGCCUUACUGCCGUACUACUGAUUGGAAAUUCACCGAAUCCGUACGAGAACAACAUGCAGCGAGCACCACAAGAAAAUACUUAGGUGUCCAUAUUUUGAUGAUGUGUGUGCAUUUUCCAUGUGGACUGUCAGAUGACGAGCGGCUAAGAGGAGGAUCUUGCUGUGCAGUAUUUUUGUCUUUUUGAAGAGAGAGCCCUUUAUUAAACUCACAGUUUUGGAAUGGUCUUGCUUGUUACACACACACACACACACACACACACACACACAAACUUAAUUCUCAUCCCUCUCUUGACUUCCAAAGAUCUCCAAUAUUUCUUCUCUUACGCCUUUGUUAAAGAAAUAAAAGAUAAAAUCACAAUUAUUUCAUGAUUACAUUUUCUCAUUGUUUACCAGUCUGACAGAGAAAUAAAUACUUAAAGUCUGAGGUCUUUGUAACUUACUGUAAUAUAAUUCAGUUACAUGAGUUGGAGUUUUAUUUUCCCUCUUAUCCCAAAGUUCUGUCAACAGGUAUACUUUUGGAUGUAGUAAGUGGUGUCACGAGUGUUUCAUUAGUCCAUUAUAAUGCAGCCAAUAGUGAAAUGACCAGUUACUUCCUUGUACUUUGCCACUGUAUCAUGAGUCACACUUGACUUCAGUUACUUCACGAAUAAUUCAAAAGUAGAUUCAUCGUACUUUUUUUGUUUUGUUCUUGUACUGUACUUCUCUUUCACCAGUAGUCCAUUGCAUUUCUUUAUGAUAACCCAUUAAAUUCAAAUUCCAUCUCCCUGCCAUCCAACAAUAAAAAAGAACAUUUCUGUGAUUUA